CAGCUAUCAAAAGACAGAGUAUCUUCGUGCAAAAUGGCAUUUCUAGGAAAAGCUCUUCAUUACUCAAUUGAUUUGGUUCUAAUCUCAACAUGUUUGGCUGGAAUAAAGAGAACCACUGGGCUAACUCCAAAAUUGGAUUUAGUAGAGAAUAAAGAAAUCCGUGAAUAUUCUCAGAAAUAUUUAAACGUUGGUGAAUCUGUAUUGGAUUCUUCUGUAGGUAUCAUGAGCUCAAGCAGUUAUUUUGUUCGUAAAUAAAUAAUUCAUUUAUUCAUCAACCACCUAUUUACUCCAUUACUUAAUCGAUUUAUCUAUUACCUCUUAUAGAUCUCUUCAUUAAUAUCUCCCUGCGUUUUCUUAAAACAGCCUAUAUCAUUUAU